AUGUCGCAAUCCCAAUUCAAAUUCGCCAACUCGGACGCCGAAGUUCCAGGCAACGGUUCUCCUCCCCUAGAAUUUACUAUCAAAGCACCAUCUUCCACGGAUAUAUGGGCUAAACCGCCUUCCACCAUCUCCUUCUCGGCCCCUAUCUUAUACAAAUCUAUACCUCUCAUGGCAUUCAAGCGGAUCCGCAUCGCUGUCAAUGCCGUUUGGGAGAAGAAAUAUGACCAGGGCGGUGUGGUCCUUGUCCUAAAUAUCGCCGAUGGGGGGCAGAAGUGGGUGAAGUGCGGUAUUGAAUUCACCCACGGUAAACCCCACCUCAGCGUCGUUGCGAAAGACAACUGGGCGGACUGGAGCUUGCUUCCAGUGCCCGGGGCCAUGGGUAGUGGUACGGCAACUCUUGAACUAGUUAAAGAAGAGGAUGGAAGUCUGUGGAUCUAUUCUGUUGAGGGCUUGGAAAAGUCUCCUAUCCGGGAGGUCACUUGGGUUUUUGAAGAGGAAAAUAUAAAGGACCUAUGGGUUGGUGUCUAUGCUGCAAGGCCAUCGAGUGAGGGCGGGGAACUUCCUGUCAAUUUCGGUCAUUUGAUUAUAGACCAGCACUAG